AUGGCUGAAUCAGAUAGGAAGAGGCGGUCUACCCGCAACUCCAAGAUGGUCUCAUCACCUGUGGUAACAAAGAUGCAAGCAAUAAUGCAAAAGGAGAUGGUGCGAGAGUUCCUGGCGGAGUUCAUGAGCACGUAUGUCAUGAUGGUGUUUGGCCUUGGCUCCGUGGCCCAUAUGGUUCUAGGAGAGAAAUUUGGGAGCUACCUCAGUGUCAACUUGGGUUUUGGCUUCGGAGUCACCAUGGGAGUGCACAUGGCGGGGAACAUCUCUGGGGCCCACAUGAAUGCGGCCUUAACCUUCACCAACUGUGCGCUAGGCCGCAUGUCCUGGAAGAAGUUUCCUGUAUACAUCCUGGGUCAGUUUCUGGGUUCCUUCCUGGCUUCUGCCACCAUCUACUGCCUCUUCUACUCAGCCAUUAUCCAAUUUUCGGGUGGACAUCUGACAGUGACUGGUCCCACAGCUACCGCUGGCAUUUUUGCUACCUAUCUUCCUGAGCACAUGACAUUGUGGAGGGGCUUCCUGGAUGAGGUAAUAGUGACAGGGAUACUCCAGCUAUGUCUCUUCGCCAUCACGGACAAGGAGAACAAUCCAGCACUGCAAGGGACACAGGCCCUGGUGAUUGGCAUCCUCAUUGUUGUCAUUGGAUUAUCCCUGGGCAUGAACACAGGAUAUGCCAUGAACCCAUCCCGAGACCUGCCUCCCCGCUUCUUCACUUUCAUUGCUGGCUGGGGUAUACAGGUUUUCAGGGACAGGGACUGGUGGUGGGUGCCAGUUGUGGCACCACUCCUGGGUGCCUACUUAGGUGCCAUCGUCUACUUGGUCUUCAUUGGCUCCAGCAUCCCACGGAGGCCCCAGAUACUGGAGAACUCCAUGAAAUAUGAAGACCGCAGAAUACCCGUGUUGCCCAAGACCAUGUCAAACCCACCUACGACCCUCACCCCUGUCUCUGUGUCUCCUGCCAACAGACCUUCAGUCCGGACUGUCCCACCCUUAAGUGACUCCAUCCACCUGGAGCACUUCUAA